AUGCACAAAGCACCUUCUUCGUCCUUUAGCACUGCGUCUACAGAGCACGAGGUCUCCAUGGAUAAUCCAAGCGAUGAAGCCGACCGAGAGAUAGAAAAAUUUCAAGCCAAAAAGAGAGAUUGGCGCAAGAACGAGUUCCAACAACUUCUCAAUCACAAGACUGACAAACCUCGAUUGCACUGUUUUGAUCUCGCUACUAGUGGUAGCACUGCGUCCGGAGUACCGAGCAUUUCCUCCAGCGCGGAAACUCCCAUUCCACGUGAAAAGCUUUGGGAAACAGGCUUGGAUGAAAUCUUGAACAAGGGCCCUUCCAAGGUUGCUUGUGACCUCUCCCAAAGAAGCCUCGAGAAAUUAAAGACGGAACUCUUACGGUAA